CUCGUCUUCUCUCCUCCUCUCUCCACGUCGUCAACCUCGUCGUCGCCGCCCAUGCUCGCCCGUAGCACUGCCGCCGCCGCCGCCUAGUCGCUCCUUGCCCCCCGGGGCCCUGACAUGUCUCUCACCACAACGAGAACCACCUUCAUUCUUUUUCCGACUAUCGAAUAGUCGCGUCCGUUCCUUGCCGCUCGCCAUAUCGCUCUUGUCGCAAUGCGCUCCACAACUCUACUCGGCGGCUUGAUUGCCGUCGUCACCAGCAGCGCGCCAUUUGUCUUCGCCCAGAAAGGCACCAGCGGUGCCGUGUGGGCCACUCCUCACGAUAGCUACUCUUCGUCAGUUGGCGUGCUCGGCUGCAAGGUUGACACAAACCGCAUCGCUUACUGGCCUGGCUCUGUCGACUGCAACAACAUCUGCAUUUCCCUCACAUACGAAGACCGCACGGUCCGCCUCUUGCGUGUGGAUCAGUCGCAGGGUGCCUUCGAUGUGAGCUACGAUGCCUGGAACUAUCUCUACACCGGUUACUCCGCCACUGCAAAACCGACUGCUGGCGGGGCUCUCCCCAUGAACUUUGAGACACUCCCAGCAGGCGACUGCGCCGACCUCAUCCACACGGAAGGCAGCAAGCUGCCCCUUAGCGCUUCCAACAGCAUGAACUUCCUUGCCAGCUGUCUCGCUCAGCCCGACAGCUGGGUCGCCAAGAACUACGUUCUCUACAACAUUCUGGAUUCAGUCUGCUCCUGGGGUUACGAUGAGACGUGCACCCUCGACUGGCCGACAGCGAACCAGGCCAAGUGCCAGAAUGCACUUGGGCAGCCUGUCACUCUCACCUCUGCGCCAGUCUACAACAUCAAGUACCCCAGUGGUGAGACCGUCAACGCGGCUUCGCAAGCCGUGGUGCCGGCGCAGCCCGAAAGUUAUGCCACAAAGCCAAGCGCAUCGUUCGCGGCCAGUCUGGCUCCCUCUCUACUGGGGAUUUACAUCAGCUUGAGUUAUGUUUUGCAGGGCAUUUUGUAAAGUGCCGUGUGAUGAGACAGACGUUCAUUGUGAUGCGUAAUGACGUUCUUGAAGAUAUUUUUCGAUACCCCCCAUUUUAUACCUCCUUCUUAGCGGCAUCUUGGACAAAAGUCUCAUAUAUAGAUCGAUAUGGACAUAAAAGAUAAUCACAAACCACUUGAGCUCUUG